UGGUGCGCUGUGUCCCUCAGACACAGCAGAUCACCGAUCAACGAAAAGAGCCGAAGAUGUCGGCUCGGUCAUGUGAUCAGCUGUGUCCAAUCACAGCUGAUCGCAUCAGUGCCACCUGUCAGUGCCUAUCAAUGCCAGCUGUCAGUGCUCAUCAAUGCCACCUUCCAGUUGCACAUCAAUGCCACAUAUCAGUGCCUACCAGUACACAUCAAUGCCACAUAUCAGUGCUUAUCUGAGCUGCCUUUCAGUGUCACCUAUCAUUGCCAGUCAGUGCCACCUAUCAAUGCCAGUCAGUGCCACCUAUCAGUGCGCAUCAGUGCCUCCUAUCAGCGCCAGUCGGUGCUGCCUAUCAGUGCCACCUAACAGUGCCAGUCAGUGCCACCUAUCAGUGUCAGUCAGUGCUGCCUAUCAGUGCCAGUCAGUGCCACCUAUCAGUGCCACCUAUCAGUG